CAGGAAAACACCUUCAAAAGGGCUUUAGUUUAGAUCAAAUUAAACUACUUCACCUACAACAUAUACCAUGCAUGAUUCAGCUGAAAUACGUUAUCAUCAUAAAACAAUCAUGAAAACGAGUGGAAAUACAUUUUCUAGAGUGAUAUGGAUAAUCUGAGUGCCACACGAAUGAUCAAAGCAAGCUGGAGUGCUGGUACAUAUUUAUAUUAAAGUGUACGGCAUCAAUGUAAAUAUGACCCGGUGCUUAGGGACAUGGUUUAGUGGGUGACUUUGGUAGUAGGGCGAUGGUUGGACCAGAUGAUCUUGGAGGUCUUUUCCAACCCUUAUGAUUCUAUGAUUUCAAAAUCCCUGCCAUUUUAUCUGGCCAUUGAACUGUUUUGUGUUAAAACUAUCACAGUCUGGCAGAAGAGGUGCUGAGACUUGUUUAUACCAGAAAACAGAUGCUGAAUAUGAUUUGGGGGGUAUUUGAGAGCAGGAGCAGGUUACUCUGUAGCCCAAAUAAUACAUUUCGCAACCAGACUUUGUCUCUCACUGCAGAUUUUUUUUUGCUUCCCAGUCUGAAGCUGGCUGGUCAUGGGAAAGGCAGUGAGUGCUGUCUUGCAAGGGUAAUGGCAGUGGAAGCAAACACUCUCAAGGCCUUCUUGGAGAGGGUGUGUUUGGUGGUGUGAUCUUCUACUGAAAGAACCUUGUCCUCUUGCUGAGAACCUUGUCCUCUUACUGAGAACCUUCUUUGGACCUAGAUUUCCACUUCAUGAUAAAGAGAGACUUGAGAAAUGGUUGCGGAAUAUGAAGCGAGAUGCAUGGACUCCAAGUAAACACCAGCUUCUAUGCAGUGAUCAUUUUACCCCCGAUUCCCUUGAUGUGCGAUGGGGUAUACGAUACUUGAAACAUACAGCUGUACCAACAAUUUUCUCUUCCCCAGAUGAUGAGGAAAAAGACUCUUCUCAGGACAGCCCACAAGAGAUAAAGAGAGAAGAUCUGGAAGAAACAACUAAAAAUGUAGAGCCCAAGAAAGCACCUGUAUCACUUGAACUUUGUAGACCAAAGAAAAGUCCUGCAAUGGCAGAAAAUCUAGAUGAAAAAGCAGAAGUAGUUUGCUCAACUGCAUUGAGUAAACCUUUACAAAUGCAAAAACUACAACUUCAAAGCAGAGAAGACUUUCAGGCAGACAGUGUUAUUCUCGAUAGUUCAUCUCAGCAGCAUAUACAUCAACCUGAGCCUGUUUUAUUGGCAACAGCAGUCCAGAACAUCGAAACUGUCAAUGUUCAUACUUCUGUAGAGGAUUCAGUAAGUUGUACGGCUACAGUCUUGCAAUUUUCAGACCCUGAUUACUUGAAUUCGUCUCUGAAAUUGAACAGCGCUUUAGGUUCAAUAACUGACUAUGCACUUGAAAACCCAAACUCUCAUGUUUUAGGCUGUUCUGUUGAAGUACAGCCUACAAGUGAAAACACAGUUUUAGUCAGUACAGUUACACAAACUAUUGAACAAUUCAGUGGAGGUGAAGAAUCUGUCAUUGCCAUCAUCCUGCCAGCUGAGAGUCCAAAAGAGUCUGAAAUAAUAGAUAGUUCUUUCCCACCUAUUAAGCAAGAAUUUCUCGACACAGAAGAAGCAGAAACAGAUAAAUCUGUGUAUAUGAAUGCAUAUAGUGGAAGUGAAGUGUUACAAACUGAGCAUUCAUACUGCAAACAAGACAUAGACAGAGAGCACCUCUGGCAAAAAAUUUCAAAGCUCCACUCUAAGAUAACUCUACUUGAAAUGCAGGAGAUAAAGACUUUGGGGAGACUCAGGUCCUUGGAAGCUCUUAUUGGACAACUGAAGCAAGAAAACCUUCUUUCUGAGGAAAAGCUCAAGAUGGUAGAAAACUGCUUCACAACACUGGAAGUGACUAUGAUACAGUAAAGGCUUUCAGUUAUUGUUCUACAGUAUCUUUUCAGCCUCUUGACUGUCCUUUUGAACAAAAUAAGUUUUGAUUCAAUCAUGGUAUUUUAGAUAUCUAAUGCAAAUUGUGUGAAUAGCAAAUACCCUGAAUGUUACAUCAACUCCUAUCAAUGCUAGAUGGUAGACCAUUGCCCAUAAACAUGACUUGCAAGUGAGCUUUAAAAGGAAAGCUAAACCUGUUAGUCUUGUUAAAGUAUGUAAGGUGAAUCAAUAAAAAUAAGUUUAACUUUUCCAGGUGCAGGCUUCCCUGAAACAUGCAAAUCUUGCAUUUGGGGCAGCAGUAGAAUGGACAGUGUAACUGGGUAGAAUGGAAAAUUAUAAAACAGCUGUCUAAAAGGGAAAAAAAAGUCUCCUGGUUCUCUUUCAAACCAGUAAGGAAGUAUGUAAUACACAUUGUCCAGUGAGGCCACAAUUACUCUUUGGUCUUCUGUUCAUCUAGCAUUAAUUCUGAUAGCUUUUUGUACAAUUUGACCUUAUUAAAUUUUUCUGCAA